AUGCAUUACUCGAAGCUCAUGAUCAUUGCCUUCAUUGGUUAUGCCUCGGGACGUGCGAUUUUACUCGAGAAUCCUUCUUUUACUUCUAAGAGAGGCGAUGAUAUCCUAGACUACAAACGGAACGAUAACGGAGAUUACAAGAGAGGCAUCGAUCUCCUAGGGAACAAACGGAACGAUAACGGAGAUUACAAGAGAGGCGUUGAUCUCCUAGAAUACAAACGGAAUGAUAAUGGAGAUUACAACAGAGGCGAAGAUGUUGCAGACUACAAACGAAACGACAAUGGAGAUUACAAGCGGGAAGAAGAUAUUACCAAGAGGGACGAAGCUAUUACGGAAGCUCUUACAGAAGAAAAGAGAAACGAUGGAGACUACAAGCGGGCUGACAAUGUUUCGGAUUACAAUUGA